CCAUGGAAACCGACGGCGAUCCCACAAAUGAAAUUCCCGGUAGCUCUAUGGCUUUUGAAGUCGCAAACCAUACUGUAACCGAAGAACCAUCACCACUGGACAGAAUUCUCGCAGAAGGUCGCAGCUUCAAUGGUGGCAAUUGGUCCAGUGACGACUUGAGAAGUUUAUUGGAUGGAGUGAUGAAGUAUGGUACCAAAAUUGAAGCCAUAAACUAUAUUCACCGAAACAUUGUAAAAAAACGAUCUAUCGAAGAGAUAAAGGCGAAAAUUGACGAGAUUCGAGAGAUUAUCAAGGAACACAAAGAGAUUAUUCUCCCUGAGUGUUACAAAAAUAAAUGGAUCGAAGCAGGACAUCAUAAUAUCACUCCUCCACCAUUUUGCCAAGUGGAUCCAAAUGACGACUGGAGCAGUAUCAUGGGAAAAAUAGUCGAUCAUCAUCAUGGAUCAAUCAACAAGACCCUACCUUCUCUUAGAGAUACUUAUGAGACACUCUUCGAGAAUCUCGCUCUAGAAUCUAAAACUCACGAAAAUGCGGUGGUGACCAAACUUCUCACCGCAAAAGCUACAAGAACUGACUCUCAAAAUAUAAGAUGGCCAGUCAUUUACAGAUUCAUGAAAGCAUGUGCCACAUUGGAAGAGCAAAUGCCAGCGCUCAAUGAACUUGAAGCGGCAGUUGUCUCCAAAGUACUAGACACUAUCGAAACCGAAGCUACGACAACUCCAGAUACUGAGAAAUCUAUUCUUGCCGGUAUUUUCAGUGAAUGUCAACAAGGCAAUUACCGCUUCUGUGAGCAAGACUAUCCUCCGAACGUUAUGGCGGCAGUUCAACUGUUCGUGGAUCCACUCCGUACCCGUUUUCAUGCGAUCCCUGAAGUUGCAUCUGAAGUCGAAUUAAUCAACUUUACGAAGGACAACCAGCCAUCUACAUCGUCCAAUUGAAAUUUUUAUUAAUUUUUUGUUAUAUCCUGUCAUAUCAUCCGGUCGUUUCACUGGUAUUUAAUACAUUGUUAUUAAGUUU